AUGCAACUCAAGCGCGCAAGAGCCGCGACAAUCGCCAAAGUCAAAAACACCUCCACCCAAGCUCCAAGCUUUCCUGCAAACCAAAUCUCCACUCACUCACUAAAAGCCAUCACCAAAAUGCUGGGAGCAACACCGACACUCCGGACCGCAGCAAUCGGCUGCAGGUUACAGCCUACCCUCUUCACGCCUUGCACAUAUCCCACGACGAGCAGUCCUUCCCUCCGCAGAAAUCAGAGCACCACCACAUGCACAGGCACCACGCCAUCAGCUCCUAGACGACGAGUGCAGCUCCCUAAACGCAAUGUCACAUUCAGACCUACUUCGACAAUGGUCAGACAUGCUUCAACCGCUACUACUUCGCACCCUUCAUCCACAGCUACGGCGUCAGAAGCUUCGGCGCCUGGUUCAGACCUCCUCGACUGGAACACAUUCUUCAAGCUUCGCAAGACCCGCCGGUGGUACCAACUAGGAUCGUCAGUGACCACAGGAAUCGGUGGGUUUGUCGGCGGAGCACAAGUUCUCACUAUGUCGGAUAUGGAUGCUUUAGUGUCGCAAAUUCCUCUUGAUCCAUUCAUCACGCUGGGCUUGAUUACAUUCACGUGUGGAGGUGUGGGAUGGUUGGUAGGACCAAUUCUUGGAACGGGCGUGUUCAAUUGGAGGAAUAGAAACUACAGGACCCAGAUGGCUGAAAAGGAGAAGGAAUUCUAUAGGAGGAUUAAAAGAUUCAGAGUUGAUCCUUCGGCGAGUAGCAUGGCAAAUCCUGUACCGGAUUAUUACGGAGAAAAGAUUUCCAGUGUAGCAGGAUACAGGCAAUGGCUGAAAGACCAACGGGCAUUCAACAAGAAGCGGACAACAUACAUCAAGUACUAG